AUAACAACCAUGUUCCACCAAUCACCCAUUUUCAUCCUGCUCUUAUUACCCUUCAACAUUUUCGCCGCUUUCAUGCGACACAAAUACGUGAUAGACAUAGAAAACGGCUACUUAUGCCCCGACAACGACCAGCUCGAAAUUCCAAUGAGGAAAUUUCGCGUAGAUCGAAUAAAUCGCACCCAUCGUGCGGUCACGAUGGACUUUUCUCUGGCCCAGCCCAUAGACGACACGGCAGAGAGUGUUUUGAAGAUUGAAAGAUGGGCUGAUGGUGCGUGGGUUAACAUGCCUGUGUUUCCGAACCAAAGAGAUCCUUGUACGAAAGUUAUGGAGUGUCGUAUUCAGUCGAUCGUGGACAUGUAUGUGACUUUGGGAAAGGCCAUUGGAAUUAAACAUCCGGAACAAUGCGGAAUUCCGGCUGGGAAUUAUUCGGUUAAUAGGUAUCCUAUUGACAUAAGCAGCGAGAUUCCUUUUUGGGGAGGAAGGUUUCGCACGACGUUAAUAUUCAGGAAGAUAGCGACGAACAAGAAGGCGUUUUGUGCUCAAUGUGUAAUGAAUGUUGUAGAAAAGCCGGUCUGACUCCGGGAUUGGUAAAAGUAGA